GUCAUUUUGCUAGUCUUCUACAAAAUCUUCCUCUGCCAAUUUUGGAUCCAAUGCAACCCUCCCAGCCUGCACAAUCUUCCCCUUCGAAGCGUCGCCACUCUUCGGCUCAGUUAUCUCAGACUCAGACCGGAGCAUCUGCGACUGUUCCGCUCCAACCGACCACCAACGCCUCCAAACGUUCAAAGAAGAAUCCUGCGGUAUCAACCGGUCACGGGACAGAUGGAACUCCACCAGCGGAAGAGAACUGGUGGGCUGAUCGAAAAAUUGACUGGGAAAAUGACUGCGGAGGGGAAGACCAACAGUCGAGUUUUGCUUAUUUCAAAGAUUGGAUUCCCACUGGGAUUAGCUAUAUGUCUGGUGCCGUGGGGGGCUAUACUUUGAAGAGAGGAGCGAAGGAGUUCCAAAGGUUCUUGUACGAGAAAAAGGGGCCGACCAAGCGUUCUGUCAAGAGCAUUGAAAACAAGUAUAUCUCUGUGAGAAAGGGUUGGAAAACUGCCUAUAACCUUACUCAGCAAACUGGAGCUGGAGACGGAGGUAUCAUCACAAUUCAUACACCGACAGGCGAUGUGGGUAUUCCCUAUGAUAAGCUCGGUGAUCACCGAGAAAACUACUGUCCCGAUUACAACUUCUGGAACGAGAUCUUCCAAAGUCGACAAGGUGCAAGACCUGAGUUUAGGACGAGUACCGAAAACGACAGCAGUUUCUCUCUAAACUGCAUGAGGGAGCACGUCCCAUGUCCUCAUAAAGAAACGACCUCUGACAACGCUCCUCUGGAAGGGCCUCGCCCCGUGGAUGAAGGGACCAGCGAAGAUCUUGAACUACAACGUCAAUCAAGAAGAAUCCAUGGCGAUAAUGAUAAUGAUGAUCUUCAGGAAGAAGGGAAUUCUUGUCAUAAGGAAGGUGGAGGGGAUCUAAGUUCACAACAUCCUCUGCUUGAGAAAUCAAUCAGAAGCCGACUCAGUCACCCCCGCCGACCUCAUGGAGCUCCUACCUCGGAGAUGAGCGAGGACAGCCGCAAAAUUCUGGAGGAGGACUUGAAGUUAAGUCGCGAGGCAGCGCAAUGCAGCAUAAAUAAAGAAAUGAGGGAAAUUGCGCGAGCGGAGAAGGAGGAUGAUCGCUGGGAAAGGGUGGCUAGGUAUUUUGAAGAACAAAAAGACCUUAGCCAGUCUAAGAAAGAGUAUUAUGAGCGAAAAAUUCAAAUUGAGGAAGUGGAAGCCGCUGCAAGGAUCGCAUCUCAAAUGAAGAUCUCCUUGCAAGAAGCGCUUACCGUGCUUCGACGAAGUCGGGCCUUCGGCGAAGACGAAUGAUAUCUUGUGUCUUCGUGCAUGCAUGUCUCGUCUUCGGCAGUUCACAUUUCAUAUGCAUUAACGUCAAAAGCAGGAUCUCUACGAACUUCCUCUCUGAUCAUCUCCGCAACAAUUUCAUCCCUCCUCCUAUUUCCUGCUUCAUCACCAAUGUUAAUGACACUUUCAUUGAUAUUCAUCACCCCUUCCACUUCACAUGUAGUCAGCGAAUCCUUCCAAGUCUCAACCAACAGGUUAUGAAGAACCAUGCAGGCUUGGAUGACUAGGUAAAGGCGAGCCUCAUCCGUUACUGUCCGGCAAGUAAGACGACAAUCUUGUAAAAUUUGCCAUCGGUUUUUUAGGAUACCGAAUGCCUGUUCAAUCAUCACUCGAGCUUUGGCACAUUUGUGGUUAAAGUAGGCCUGGCAUGAGAUGAGUCAGUAGAAAUUUGGGUGGGAAAAGACGCACCUUGGGUCCGACUGUGACCUGCAUCCUUCUCUCUCGCUUGAAUAGAGGUAUAACUGUGUCUGAUGAUUUCAUACCAGCAUCACCCAACACAUAUUCCUUUGGAGAGAAGAAGCGAUGGGGAUUCCUGUGUAGAUCUGAGAGAUCUUGGGCCAUCUGAUCGUUGGUAGCUGCAGAGAAGCCGAACCAGGCGUAUCUAAAUCUCUUCAGAUGAUCGACCACAGCGAUCAUUUUAUAACCAUAUCUUUCCUUGUAGCUGUGCAUAGUAUGUGCCUUUUCGCGUCCAAUUGAUGGUGCUUGGUGCAAGACAAUAUCGGUUCCGUCGAUGAAGCCGAUACAUGACGGUAUUCCAUAUUGCGCGUACAAUUCACGGGCAAGGACACCGCGUUCUGCCUCAGAGGGCCAAAAAACGUACUGCUUCAAAGAGGAUACGAUGGCUAUUAACGAUCGGUCCGUAUAGAGGGAUACGCUGCCAUCUGUCAUCCGAGUAUGCGUAUCAAUCCUGAAUGUGAACUCGAAGAAUAACGAUUGAAGGCCCCCUCAACUUACGAGACAGGUUAAAAUGAUUCUCCACGGUGCUCAUUCUCUCGCCUCCUGCCAUUCUGUAGAUGCAUGUCGCCAGCUGCACCUCCGGCGGUGCCUGAGGCUUCCUCCCCUGCGACUUGAAAAUUUCGUGACCUCCGAACAAAGCGACAAGGCUCGUGAACUCUGCGCGAUUCAUACGUAGGGUCUUGAUUAUCUUGUCAUCGGUAGAUGGUAGAAGGGAGGAUCUCAGAAAAAGAUAAUCGUGGUUCUCAUAAUGAGAACUAUGAGGAAUCCGUUGAUAGUAACGGCUGUUUUCGUGUAUUUUGCGUAAGGAAAGAAGAAGUCCGGUUUGGUGUCGAAUGAGGGAG